AUGCCGGCGCCGCCACCGCCGCUACACUCCAACAGCAGCACCGGCUCAGCUACCGGUGCUGUCACUGCGAAUGAUUUGGACAUUUUCUCGUCGUUUGAACCGACGGACAACGUGUUUGUGUCCGACUAUGGCAUCAGUAAAGCGAGACUCGAAAAAAUGCCGGGGACGAGUGAAUCCAUUGGUGGUAUAGAUGGAGAUCCGUUCGCUCAGUCAUUCGGAUCAAUGUCUCUCUCAUCCAACGAAUGGGCAAACUUUGACGACAGCCCCACAUCGGCCACGGGUUCGCCCCUACAGCAAAAGUCACACCAACACCACAGCUCC